UAAAUGCCUAAAAACUUUAGGGGAAAUAUGAUUUAGUACAUUGGCUUUGGUGAUGUAAAAUUACAUAUAAGUCCUCAGAUACAUACAUGCCAAAACCAAAACUUUAGACACUGAAACUGAAAAGCAGCCCAAAAAUGUUCGUUGAGUUAUUUUGCUUCGGACAAUUAUGCUGAGCUCGCAACGGUCAAGAUCUCUCUUUUCCGACAUUUUCAUUCUCAAAAUCCCACAUUUUCCCUGUAACCAAACAAGACUCUUCACCACAUUUUCUUCCCUCUUCAACCUCUGCACCAAACCCCAACAGCUCAAACAAAUCCACGCCCGAUUCAUUCUCCAUGGCCUGCAACAGAACUCAACGUUGUCUUCCAAACUCAUUGACUCUUACGCCGAACUGGGCUUUCUUAGUCUCUCACAACGAGUCUUUGAUUCCAUUACCGAGCCAAGUUCAGGUCUUUACAAUGCCAUGUUGAGAAAUUUGGCCAAGUUUGGUGAUUUUGAUAAAACCAUUUUGUUUUACCAAUAUAUGGUUAGGGAAUCUAUGUUCCCUGAUGAAGAAACUUACCCUUUUGUUUUGAGGUCUUGUAAUGGCUUAGGAGAUGGCUUGAAUCGGAAAAUGGUUCAUGGGCAUGUUGUGAAAUUGGGUUUUGAUUCAUUUAGUUUGGAAGAAAACCCUGUUUCAAGAUUGGAUUUUUGGAAUUUUCAUAUCUCUGAGGCUUCUUCUCAAAGUGGUAAUGGAGAGGAAAGUUUUCAUCUUUUUAAGAGAAUGAGAAUGGAAUUGAUAGAACCCAAUUCAGUUACUUUGAUUAACAUGUUGAGAUCAAGUGUUGAUUUGAAGUCAGUAAGAGUGGGAAAGAGUGUUCAUUGUUUGGUAUUAGUGAGUAAUUUGGGAAUAGAUUUGUCUGUUAACACUGCAUUAUUGUCUAUGUAUGCAAAGUUGGGUGCUUUGAAAUAUGCCAAACUACUGUUCGAUAAAAUGCCUGAGAAAGAUUGUGUAGUUUGGAAUAUUAUGAUAUCAGCAAAUUCUAGAAAUGGUUGCCCAAAUGAAGCUAUUAAAUUGCUAAGAGGCAUGGGAAGAUCUGGAAUCAGAGCUGAUUUGUUUACUGCACUACCUGUAAUUUCUUCAAUUACAAGAUUGAAAUCUAUUGAUUGGGGCAAACAAAUGCAUGCCCAUGUGAUCAGAAAUGGUCUAGACUACCAAGUAUCAGUUCAUAAUUCUCUUAUUGACAUGUAUUGUGAAUGUGACAAGUUAAAUUCAGCAAGAAAGAUUUUUGAGUUAUUGGAAAACAAGACAUUGGUUUCAUGGAGUACAAUGAUUAAAGGUUGUGUAACUCAUGAUCAAUCUGUUGAUGCUCUUUCUCUUUUCUCCAACAUGAAAUCAAAUGGCUUCAAACCUGAUUUCAUUACAAUUAUUAACAUCUUGCCAGCUUGUGUGAACAUUGGAGCAUUAGAGAAUGUAAAGUACUUUCAUGGGUACUCGAUCAAAUCCGGCCUGAGCUCGCUUUCUUCUCUUAAUACCGCUCUUCUCGUCAGCUAUGCAAAAUGUGGCUACAUAGAGAUGGCUCAGAAUGUUUUUGAUGAAGAGAAAAUCAAUAAUAAGGAUGUUAUCACAUGGAACUCUAUGAUCAGUGCUUAUGCUAAGCAUGGAGACUGGCAACAAUGCUUUGAGUUGAACCGAAAAAUGAAGCAAUCUAAUAUGAAACCUGAUCAGGUUACCUUUCUAGGAUUAUUAACAGCAUGUGUAAAUUCAGGUCUUGUUAAAGAAGGUAAAGGGAUUUUCAAAGAAAUGAUGGAAUUGUUCGGUUGCCAACCGAACCAGGAACAUUAUGCUUGUAUGGUGGAUCUAUUAGGACGAGCUGGGCAUGUGAAUGAAGCCAAAGAGCUUGUGAAAUCAAUGCCCUUCGAACCAGAUGCUCGGGUUUGGGGACCUUUGUUGAGUGCCUGCAAGAUGAAGCAUUCCGAGACUGAUCUUGCAGAAUUUGCUGCUGAAAAGCUUAUAAGUAUGGAGCCAAAGAAUGCUGGAAACUACAUAUUACUCUCCAACAUAUACGCUGCAGCGGGAAAAUGGGACGGUGUUGCUAAAAUGAGAAGUGUUCUUAGGGAUAAAGGAUUGAAAAAGACUCCAGGCUGUAGCUGGCUAGAGAUUAAUGGAAAAGUACAUGAGUUCCGGGUGGCUGAUCGGUCUCAUCCAAGAUCAGAAGAGAUAUAUACUGUAUUAAGAAACUUGGAGCUGGAAUUCAAGGAUGCCAAUGAGAAUAUGAUCUGAAUACUGAUGUUGUUUACUGCUGUCUGUACCAAGACCACAAGAGGGUGAAGGCCAUUAAAAGAAUGCCCUUUAAUCAGGCUUCCUUUAUUUCCCAACUAAGACUAAAUAUGGAACUUUUUAAGGGAACUGUCUUAGAUAUACAUACACAAAACACACACACACAGAUGAAUAGAGCCAUAAACCGAGGGAAAUCACUCAUGUUGGGAUUGACUUAUAUUUUGUAAGAGAAAAGGUUCUGAACAAGCAAUUGGUUGUUCAAUAAAUGAUUUCCUUUGGCCAAGUUGCAAGUUGCAGACAUCUUAACUAAGGGUUUAGGUUGUUUUAGAUUCUUUCUCUUAAGAAACAAACUUAGUACAAAAGAUUAUUCUACACAAAGUUUGAGGGAGGAUGAUAGAGUAAGUUAGCUUACUGUUAUAGAGUUAGUUACUUCUAGAGUUGUUAGUUGUUACUAAUUGUACAACUAAUUAUGUAACUAACCCUUGUAUAAUUACUCUGUAUAAAGCUUAUUGAUUAGUAUGAAUGAAGUAUCAAAUUCAUGAUUCU